CUCCGUCUCGCCUGCGCAGAAGGGGCCGGUUUUUCUCCAAGAGCUUGAAUUGCAGAGUUUACAAUAACAUUCCCGGGAGGAAGAGUGGCGGCUUCUUUUGGCAAGUGUGCGAGGUUCAGCAGAACAUUCCAACAUGUCCCAAUGGCAACAAAUUCAAAUGCUGGACAAGGUUCACAUGGACCAGAUAGAUUUUCUCUACUCAGAUGACACCUUACCCAUGGAAGUGCGUCAGUAUUUAGCCUACUGGAUUGAGGAGCAAAACUGGACCCAAGCAGUAGAACUGGACCCCUCACAAGCCUGCUAUCUUUUCCAUACCAUGUUGUCUUCACUGGAUGAUCAGAUCGGACGUCUGGCGUUGGGCGAAGAGAACAAUGCUAACAUGUUACUCAAGCACAACUUACGCCGUUCCAAAUUGCAUCUAUCGAGCAAGUACCAAGAUCAUCCGCAGGAACUAGCCAUUGCCAUUGAUGCUCUACUGAGACAGGAGAGAGCAAUUCUGUCUGAAGCCUUUUCUGCCUCUCAGGCAACUCUGGAUCCUCCAUCUGAUUCCCCUGUGCUUACCAGCCAUCACCAUAAGAUUGAGGAGCGACUAAUGGAGAUGCAGAAGACAGUUCAGGGGCUGAAAUGUUCAAUUGAGCACCACAGCGAACUGCAGGAUCAUUUUGAUUUUUGUUUUCGGACACAUAACCAUUUAGAAAAGACCACUCCCGCUAUUGCACCUAUUCGGGCCAAAAAGAUUGAGAACUUACAAAGCAUGUUAAAUAAGUUGAACCACUUCCGCCAGGAGAUGAAGAGCCAAAUCCACGAACUUCUCGGACGCUCUGCUACUCUAAGAAGUUUCCUUCUGGAGGAGGUAUCAGAAUGGCAAAAUCGGCAGCGAUUAGCUUGCAUUGGAGAGAAAUGUGAUACCAGCUUAUGUCGUCUGGAAGAAUGGUUUACUAAGAAUGCUGAGAUCCUCUUCUACUUGCUGCACCUAUUAAAGAUGCUGAAAGGGAUGUACGAAAAGUUGACUUACGAGACAGAUCCCCUCAAGGGCCAGUUGCCCCUUCUGUUCAAGGCGCUUCAGGAGCAAAUAAUCUGCCUCUUGAAAAGUGCUUUUGUGGUGGAGGUACAGCCUAAGAUGCAAGUUCCCAAUCAACGUCCACUGGUGCUUAGAACCAACCACAAGUUCUCCGUCCGGGCCAGACUACUGGUAAAACUGCUGGAUCGAAACAAGCCACUGGAAGUGAAGAUUGAAAUUGACAGGGAUGCUACUAAUUUGACCGGGUUCCGGAAAUUCAAUAUUUUGACAUCCAGCACCAAAACCUUGAUGAUGGACGAGCCCCAAAAGCAAGGACUCGUUUGUGAUUUUAAAUACAUUACAGUGAAAGAACAGAAAAUCUCUGGUGCAGGGAAAGGCAACAAAGGGAUUAGUGAGGGAUCAUUGUCUGUCACCGAAGAAUUGCACGUUAUCACUUUCACCCUGGACUACUGCUAUCAAGAUAUCAAGUGCGAGCUACAGACAUCCACCUUGCCAGUGGUGAUUGUUUCCAAUGCCAACCAAAUUGCCACUGCUUGGGCUUCCAUUUUAUGGUUUAUUAUGCUCAGCAGAGAUACUAAGAACCAAUUGUUUUUCUCCAAACCACCAGCUGCCACCUGGGCCCAGCUUUCUAUUGUAUUAUCCUGGCAGUUCUCGGCAGUUAGUGAGCAAGGCCUGGAUAACCAUCAACUCAAGAUGCUGGGAGAAAAACUCUGUGGGCCAGGCGUGAACUCAGAGAGUACCAUCACAUGGGAUCGGUUUUCAAAGGAAUCGACUGCAAGCUCCCCAGAGAACAAUAAUUUCAGCUUCUGGACCUGGAUUGAUGGGAUCCUACUCCUGAUUCAAGAGCAUCUCCUUCAGCUCUGGAACAAGAAGCUCAUCAUGGGAUUUGUGAGCCGCAAAUAUGAAAAGCGUUUGCUGAAAAAGAAAAGAGCUGGCACCUUCCUGAUACGUUUUAGUGAGAGUACCUCCAGUGGCGGCAUCACCUUUACCUGGGUAGAUUUUAACAAUGAUGGUGUUCCCGAGUUCCAUUCAGUUGAGCCCUACACCAGGAAAGAGCUGGAGUUCCUUUCACUGCCUGAUAUCAUCCGAGAUUACCAACUCCUGGCGACAGAGGUCAUUCCAGAGAAUCCACUCCUCUACCUGUAUCCUGACAUGCCAAGGGAUGAAGCUUUUGGUUCUUACUACAAAGAAUGCCAGAAAGUAAGCACAAUGGAACAAAGAAAAUACCUGAACCGUCGCCUGAUCAGAGUCUCUACGCAACCAGCAGAGACUCAGACACCAGAUGUACCAGUAAAUGAACUACUCCCUAUAAGCAAUGAGUUGGUAGCUGAUGGACUGCAAAAUCCUGAGUAUAGAGAGGAUAACUUUCUGCUUGUCAAGGAAGAUCCUUUUCUUUUCCAGUCAAAUGAAGAGGAACAGGAACAGGAACCUUCCUCCCUUUUUGAUAUGCCAAACUUGCAAGUGGAUGAUCCAGAUUUCCAAUCCCUGCUCACUAUUGACAAUAUAAGUAAUGACAUUUCUGGAGAUGAAAUUGACGAUUUAAUGAAGCUUUAUGCUAAGGUAGAAGUAGGUCCGUGCCUGUAGGACACACACACAAUUCUCUACAUGUCCUUUGUUCCUCCCAUUCUUUCUUGCCUAUAAUAUACAAUCAAGGGCAUCGACAUAUAGGUAAAUAUACUCUGGUUUCUUUUAGCUUCUCUCCACAAAUCUUUGGACAAACAUUUCUCCCAUAAAUUGCCACUAUUUAACCAUUUAAGUUCUUUCUUUUCUUAACAGCUAUUUCUUUAAUCGUGCCUGGAUUGGGGCAAAACUAGGGAUGAAGGGACAACCUCUGGAAUUGUUGAACCCUUCCUCCCUCCCUCGCACACGCACACCUUUAUAGAAUUCAGGAAAGAUGAAAUUCAUUGAUUUCCAAAAGGCUUUAAAAAAGCAAGUUUGGGGAAAGGAAAUAUAAUGUACUAGAAUCUAGAAAAGGAGUGUGGGGGGAAGACACCCAGAAAUAUAAAAAUGAUGUGCUCCUUCAAUUAUUUGGGUAAGAUGGGGAACUUUUGAAUGAAUGGUUCAGCAUCCAUCUAAUUUAUUAGCAGGUGUGUUGGUUUUUAAAAAAAAUAUCACAGUUGCUGCUUGCUAGAAUUAAGAGUUACCAUGACAGAUAUCAAUGACUAAUAUUGAGCUUUCAUUUCUGUUUGGCUUGCCUCUCAGCUGUAAAUUUGUAAAUAAACAGAUACUACAAAAUA